ACCAGCACCAGCAGCUCUUCCCUUUCCUCCCCCACUCCCACGGACGGACGGGACAGGGAAAGGGCCGACCGACGCGCAUCUCGUCGCUCGCUCCGCCGACCCGCUCCCCUCCUCCUCCUCCCGUCCCUCGCCAUGGAGGAAGCCAAAGUUGUGGAGUCCAAGGACGGAGCUACCUCAGUUGCUUCUGCAUUUCCUGGUCAUCCGGAAGCCGCACAAGACAGAGAUCACAAGUUCUUAUCGAUAGCGGUAGAAGAAGCCUACCGAGCAGUCGACCGUGGCCAUGGACGCCCAUUUGGCGCAGUCGUGGUCCGCAACGACCAAGUAGUAGUCAGUUGCCAUAACAUGGUUUUGAAGAACACCGAUCCAACUGCACAUGCUCAAGUAACUGCAAUAAGAGAGAGGCUGGUGUAUGGAGCCAAGGCAGAAGCUGCUGUUGCCAUUGGAUUUGAUGCCUUCAUUGCUGAUGCUCUCAGAGGAACUGGGCACUACCGUACGGCCAACCUGGAGAUAAAGCGAGCAGAUGGGAAUGGAGCGCUGCUUGCUGAACAGGUCUUUGAGAACACCAAGGGGAAAUUUCCAUUGAAAUAAUGUGUAUAUAAAGAUAUGAUGUGAUUUCUCAUCACGGAA